CCUCUCGCAUCUAGCCCCAGACAAACCCCCUCCUUUCUCUCGUACGUGACACUCUCUCCCAAUUUCUCCCCCUCAGAACAAACAAAAAACAAAACAAAAUCCGCUACUAAAUCUUCCCCGUCUCCCUCUAUCUCUCUCCUCCUUCGAAUCCCAAGGCAGCCAGGUGUAGAGAGAGAGAGAGAGAGAGAGAGAGAGAGAGAGAGAGAGGGAUUGGAGAGACGUUGCCUUUGCCGUUGUUAUUAACGCCGCCGCCGCUGCGUUCGUAUGGUCUGCGUCGUCUCGGGGCUCCUGCGUUCGUAGCCCGCGCUUGCCGCUUCUGGCCUGGAUCGGUGAGGGGGGAGCCAGCAAGCCGGCCGAUCCAUUUCCUCCUCCUGCGGGUCGGCGUCGGGGACGAUGGAGGGGAGGGCGGCCAACGAGAACCGAAGGCCGGUGGUGGCGAAGCACGUGGCCAGCGUCCGAGAGAUGGGGAACCGGCGGGCGCUCAGGGAGAUCAAGAACCUCGUCGGAGCUGCCCCGUACCCAUGCGCCAUCGCCAAGAAGCCCAUGAUGCAGAAGAGCGGGAGGGAUGAGCAGAAGCCGGCAUUGGCGAGCGACCGGCCCAUGACCAGGAAAUUCGCUGCCUCCUUGGCGAGCAAAGAACAACCUGAACAUAAGGCGGCCGCGACUGAUGCUGCAGCACUUGUAGUUGAUCACAAGGAGGAGUUAACCGAUGAUGGCACUGUCGACAUCGACCUGGAACAGUACGAGUUGUUUAUCGAUAUUGACAUGGAUGAGAUUGAGCACAAGGACAGUGUGAAUGAUGAAUCAAUCAUGGAUAUCGACAGUCCUGACUCGGGGAAUCCGCUUGCAGCAACCGAGUAUGUUGAAGAGCUUUACAAGUUCUACAGAGAAAAUGAGGCAAAAAGUUGUGUGAGGCCUGAUUACAUGUCCAGUCAAGAAGAUAUUAAUGCAAAGAUGAGAGCGAUUCUGAUUGACUGGCUCAUUGAGGUCCAUUACAAGUUUGAGCUCAUGGAUGAGACACUCUUUCUCACGAUAAACAUAAUAGAUAGAUUCUUGGAAAAGCAAGUGGUUCCAAGGAAGAAGCUGCAGCUGGUUGGCGUAACAGCUAUGCUUCUUGCUUGCAAAUAUGAGGAGGUCUCAGUUCCGGUUGUUGAGGACCUAGUGCUCAUUUCUGACCGGGCGUACACAAAAGGGCAGAUUCUAGAAAUGGAAAAGUUGAUUUUGAGCACACUGAAGUUCAACAUGUCUGUUCCAACUCCUUAUGUCUUUAUGAGGAGAUUUCUGAAGGCAGCAGAUUCUGAUAAACAGCUAGAGCUAGUUUCCUUUUUCAUGUUGGAGCUCUGCCUUGUUGAAUACCAAAUGCUCAAGUAUCCCCCUUCGCUUCUGGCUGCCGCUGCAGUUUAUACUGCGCAAUGUUCUAUCAGUCGUUGCCAGCACUGGACAAAGAUUUGUGAGUUACAUAGCAGAUACACCGGUGACCAGCUCCUGGAGUGCUCCAGGAUGAUGGUAGACUUCCACCAGAAGGCCGGGGGUGGCAAGCUUACCGGCGUCCACAGGAAGUACAGUACAUUCAAGUUCGGGUGCGUGGCCAAAGUGGAGCCUGCGCUGUUCAUGCUGGAGUCAGGAGGGACACCACCUUCAGGCACAAUCUAGUUGAAUCUAUUGCCCUGGAUGGAUUUUAACCUACUCUGGAGACGACAUGCAGAAACACCGUGUUGAUGUUGCACAGAAGUGCAGCAGAUUUCGUUACAGCUUGCUUGUGAUCAAGUAACGUUAGUCUGUUUUUAUUUAUGUUGUGAAUGAUGAUGACCUGGGCCGUCAGCCACUCGUGCAGUUAUACUGCGGCUAAUAACGAACUGGCCUCUUGAGGAAUGAUGUUGAACCUUGUAAAGAAUACAAGUUCUGAAUCAAA